CGUGGAGUGCUGGGCUACGCGCUCGCUUCCCUGCGUUAACGAACGGAGCUGUGAGCAAGACCAAAGGUUUGGACUUUGGAGGAUAUUGACCCAAACGUCAGAAGCUGCAUCCUCCUACAGCGAGAGGAGAUAGAGUGCGAAGGUGGUGACCCAACAAGAGCACGGGCGACUGGUGGGUUUUAGAUGUAGAAAGAAAGAAAGAAAGAUGAUGAUGAUGAUGAAUCUUGCAGCAAGUCCUUCGCACCAGUCCUCUUCUCCACCUCUCAUCAUUUCAUCCAAGACCCACCACCUCCUCCUUUAUCUGUCCAAUCACGCUUCCCCACCUGGCUAAUUUUCUUACCAGCACCCGUUAACCCAAAACCCUAUUACCUUGCCGACAGUGUUUGUUUUCUUCUUGGGUGUUUCUAUAGGGUGAUUUAGGGAUUUCAGGAUUUUCGUAACCACCCAGAAAGUCAUCUGCUUCAACCUCCUUUAUGACUAUGGAAGGUUUUGGGUUUAGUGAUGCAAGCAGUGCUGUAAGGAAGAGGAGGAGUACUACAUCUCGUCGUCCUCGAAAUGACUCACAGCUGCCAUCUGAUUACCAUGAUAUUUCAUCCUUAUCGUCCACACCACCUUCAGACAGUAAUACAGUGAAGCCUGAAGAUGGAGGAUUUGGAGAAUCUGAUGAGGCUUCCAAUAAUGGGUCUUUUCGAGGAAGUAAUGAGCAGAGGCUCAGUGGAGUUGAUUCCAGAAGAUGCAGUGAAGGUGUUCUUGCCCCAGCUAACUGGAAAAGCACAAGCAGCUUGGGGCAGUCUAGAGUUGUUUCAGAUGGAGUGGGAAAUGACAAUAAAGUGAAAAAGGUCAAGCUUAAGGUUGGUGGCGUCACGCGUACUAUUAAUGCCAAGUCUGCAUCUGAUGGUGCAUCUGCUGUUGGGUCUUCUUCUACCAGGUCUUCCCGCUUCCCAGAUCCCCAACAGAAGUUGAUUGAGGACAAUUUGGAGGAUGAUCAUUCAUUGGCUUCAGAAAAGGGGAGUGGUUUGCGAGGAGUCCCUUGGAAGGAUUUCUCUAGAAGUGGUUUAACUGUUGGGAAGGCAGAUGGUUUGAGGGGGAGAAUGCCUGAAGAAAAUAUCUCUUCAAAACAAACAGACAAGUAUGAGCCAGUUCGUAAGAGCAAACGGGUCCCUAAGAAACGCUUAUUAGAUGGAGUGCUUGAUGAUGGAUAUGAGGAUGAUGAUGAGAUCCGAUACCUUGAAAAAGUAAAAACAUCCAAGAUUACUGCUGAUUAUGGUGCAGAAUAUGAAGAUGAGCAGGAAGAAAGAAGUAGGAAACAACGGAAAAUAUCGAAGGUAUUGAAAAGAAAUGUUGAUGGUCUCUAUGAUGCAGAUGUUGGAGAUAAUAGCUCAUCAAGAUUUGGCAAGGAGGUUAAGAAGAGUAAAACAGGGAGAGCAUUUGAUGAUACUGACUAUGUGGAAGAGGAAGAACCAGGGUCUGAUGGUGAGCCUACAACGAAGAGGAAAAAGCCAAGAAAAGAAUUAGUUGAUUUAAUGGAAGAUUCUAAGAAAGAAAUGACAGUUACCACGCGUCAACGUGCACUUCAAACUGGCAAAGAUGGUUCUUCCAGUUAUGGUGCUAGUUUAAUCGAGUUCCCAAAUGGGUUGCCUCCAGCUCCUCCUAAAAAGCAAAAAGAGAAACUUACUGAAGUGGAGCAGCAAUUGAAGAGAGCUGAGGCUCUUCAAAGACGGAGGAUGCAAGUGGAAAGGGCGGCUAGGGAAUCAGAGGCUGAAGCAAUCAGAAAAAUACUGGGCCAAGAUUCCAGUAGGAAGAAGCGAGAAGAUAAAAUGAAGAAACGGCAAGAAGAAUUAGCACAGGAGAAGGCUGCAAAUGCUAUGAUUCUUACAUCAGACCAUGUUAGAUGGGUGAUUGGUCCUUCAGGAACAGUUGUAACAUUCCCCAAUGAGAUGGGCUUGCCAAGUAUAUUUGACCCUAAGCCUUGCAGGUACCCUCCUCCCCGAGAGAAAUGUGCAGGUCCAUCCUGUACGAAUCCAUACAAGUACAGGGAUUCGAAGUCGAAGCUUCCGCUGUGUAGCCUCCAGUGCUACAAGGCAAUACAUGAAAAGAUGAGGAGUGUUUCUGCCUGUUAAGAUAAUGGAGUUCAAACUGCUUUUAUUACCUUAGUAGAUGUAGGCAAUCUUGUACCACUUGUUUUUUGUAUGUAUUCUAUUUCUAUAAUAAGAUUGUGCCUUUGGUUGGGAAUGUGAAA